AUGGUCCCUGUGUGCUCAGACUAUGGUCCCUGUGUGCUCAGACUAUGGUCCCUGUGUCCCCAGAGUAUGGUCCCUGUGUGCUCAGACUAUGGUCCCUGUGUCCCCAGAGUAUGGUCCCUGUGUCCCCAGAGUAUGGUCCCUGUGUCCCCAGAGUAUGGUCUCUGUGUCCCCAGAGUAUGGUCCUUGUGUGCUCAGACUUUGGUCCCUGUGUGCUCAGACUUUGGUCCCUGUGUGCUCAGAGUAUGGUCCCUGUGGUCCUCAGAGUAUGGUCCCUGUGUGCUCAGACUUUGGUCCCUGUGUCCCCAGAGUAAGCUGGUCAUGGAGGGGUUCCGGAGCCUGAAAGAGGGCGAGCCGCUGGAGUUCACCUACAAGAAGUCCUCCAAAGGUCUGGAGUCUCUGCGAGUCACGGGGCCCGGAGGAGGCCCCUGCACCGGCAGCGACCGGAGACCCAAGGGGAAGCUGCCCGUGCACAAGCGCAAACCAAAGGGAGACCGGUGA